CAGUAUUCCUUAAACUGAACUGGUCUUGAACUCAGUCUUAUGAUGAAUGUAGGAUAAUUGGCCAAUAUCACAGUGCUAUGACAUUAGCAUAUGAGAGAAGAUAGUUUUUGUUCAGUACUUGCAGAAGCCCUAAUUCUUGAGCACUGCACUGUUAGAAUUAAUUGUUUCUGAAGUAACAGAUGAUUUUAAUUAUAGUUGCAGCAGAAAACUGACACCCCACACAUUUGAUUUUCUUUUUAAUUUAAAAAUGUGUUUUUCUUUUCAGUAUUAGACUGUGUAAAUAUAGUGAAAGCACAGACUGGGUGGAAACGAACACUACCAGCAGAUAUGUUCUGGGUAUCUGGGCACCUAUUAAGAUUCAAAGUGAAGGAGAGGAAAACUGGCAGUGUUGUGAACACCAGUAAAGCAGAAAGCGCUAAUGCCACUAGGUCUCAAUACAUACCCAUCAAUCUUGCUGGUCAAGGAUCAAUAAAAACUGAGCUUAUACUUUAAAAGUACACAGAGAGAGAGUCCCAAACAGAAAGAUUUGGUUAUUAUCUCCCUGCACAAGAAAGAAAUUUCCACUUCUCAUAAAGAUUCAGAAGAUGUGAAUUUUUUUUUGCUUGCUUAAUGUGGUGUGGAUUAAAUUGCACCUCUGACAAUUGACAAUAUCACCUUCCUCCUCAAUUUCUAUUAAAGAGCCAUGAAGAAAGUUGACACAAGGCCUAAUUUUGAAGUUUGAUUAGAAUCCAGAAGAGCAAGGAAGUUCAGGCCUCUUCUGUCCCUGAAGAUAAGUGAGUCAAGGAGACAGAGACAGAGAGUGUGUGUGUGUGUGUGUGGUCUCAGACCCUCUUAAUCUACGUAAAUCAGAUCUUGCUUAUUUUAAAACUGUCUGACACUUUAGUGCUCUGCUGACAAUAGGUUUGAUUUUUCUGGUUUGGAUGUGUGUGUAAGGAGGAAUAUGAUCUGGAAUACAGAGGUAAUGCCAAUUUUAUCAAAGGCAAUAACAUAACUCUCCAUAUAAAAGCAUGUAUUCAGCACAGCUGAGUGCUUCUUUGUUUCCCAUGUCACAGUUCAAAUGAGAACAUGCCACAGCAGAUUCUAGUCACUGAUCACUAGGCUAUUUUAGACCUUUAUCUUCAUAAGUACCUGCCCAGGAGCAACACCUGCUUUAGGGUUUAGUAUUCUGUCUGCUCAGGAAAGUUGCCUACACUCUCCAUCUUUAACAUAAGGCUGCAAGACGCAAGAGAAUUCCAGACACAUGAAGAUUCACGAGAAGGAUCCAAACAGCACUGCAAGUACAACUCCCCCAUCUCCUCUGAAGCGCAGACGAUUAUCCUGUAAGAGGAAACUUAGUCAUGAGCCUGAGACAGACAGAGAGGAGCGAACCCCAGCAAAAAAGGUUGUCGAGGAGGCUCAGUCCAGUGACGUGGAGAAGAAGGCUGAGGAGGAAGUUUAUCAUUGUCCCGUGUGUUUUAAAGAAUUUGUAUGCAAGUAUGGGCUGGAGACCCACAUGGAAACCCAUCCUGAUAACUCACUGAGGUGUGACACUUGUUGUAUUACCUUUCGCACUCAUCGGGGUUUGCUGCGUCAUAAUGCAGUUAUUCACAAGCAGCUUCCAAGAGACCCAUUGGGAAAGCCUUUCAUUCAGAACAAUCCUUCAAUUCCAGCAGGCUUCCACGAUUUGGGAUUCACCGACUUUUCCUGCAGGAAAUUCCCUCGCAUUUCUCAGGUCUGGUGUGAAACGAAUCUGCGAAGAUGCAUCAGUGAAUUUCAUCGAUUUAUUUGUGAGACAUGUAACAAGGCAUUCCCCAUGCAUUCGGCACUCAAACUGCACACACAAACCCAUAUGGUUGAUCAGGGAAAAGAAAAGCACAAACCGCAGGUGAAGACCCCAGCAGGUGAGAACCCAGACCAGAAAGUCUACAUGGCAUCCUUGGGCCUACAGCACACCAAAGACAUCAAGCCUGUCAAACAGGAGGAGGUUAUGCAAGAUGAGGUCCAGGAAAUGCAGCUUAGAACACUGAAGAGUAACCUACCUCAGGAACCUGGCAGCACUAGCCUGCUGAAUAUAUCUUCUCUGGAAGCUGCUUCCAGGGGAGGUUCUUUUUCAGUCUUUCCUCCUACAAAAGAGAACAUGAAGCUCCUGUCACUGCAGCCUUUCCAGAAGGGCUUUAUCAUUCAGCCCGACAGCAGUAUUGUGGUAAAACCAAUCUCCAACGAGUCUGCCAUUGAACUGGCCGACAUUCAGCAGAUCUUGAAGAUGGCUUCUUCAGCGCCUCCUCAGAUAAGUCUUCCGCCACUUUCUAAGGCUCCUGCUGUCCCUGUGCAAUCUAUUUUCAAACAUAUGCCACCACUGAAACCAAAGCCCUUGGUGGCUCCUCGAACAGUCGUAGCAACCUCUACACCACCGCCGCUGAUCAGUGCACAGCAAGCGUCACCUGGAUGCAUCAGUCCAAGCCUUCCCCCGCCGCCGCUGAGGCUGAUCAAAAACUCUGUGGACUCCACUUCCAGUACUCACCUUAUGCUGUCCAAAUCAGGAAACAAAUCCAGUCCUUCACAAUUAUUCCCUCAGCUCCAGACAGAUCCUCUGAGUCAGCAUGAAAUGAAAACCCAGCUGGAACAAGAUAGUAUCAUAGAAGCCCUGUUGCCUUUGAGUAUGGAAGCCAAGAUCAAGCAAGAAGUCACAGAAGGGGACCUCAAGGCCAUCAUUGCAGGGGCAGCAAACAAGAAAGCACCAACCAUGAGGAAAGUCUUGUACCCUUGUCGCUUCUGCGACCAGGUGUUUGCUUUCUCUGGCGUCUUGAGGGCUCACAUUCGCUCUCACUUGGGCAUCUCCCCUUACCAGUGCAAUAUCUGUGAAUACAUUGCAGCUGACAAAGCAGCGCUAAUUCGGCACCUGCGGACGCACAGUGGAGAGAGGCCAUACAUCUGUAAAAUUUGCCACUACCCUUUCACAGUGAAAGCCAACUGUGAAAGGCACCUGCGCAAAAAGCACCUCAAAGUGACAAGGAAGGACAUAGAAAAGAACAUUGAGUAUGUCACCAGCAAUGCGGCGGAGAUGGUGGAUGCUUUCUGCUCCCCCGACACAGUGUGCAAAAUCUGCGGGGAAGACCUCAAGCACUAUCGCGCUCUGCGGAUCCACAUGAGGACUCACAGCGGCUGCCAGAAGAAGAAGCCAUUUGAGUGCAAAGAGUGCGGCACUGCCUUCUCAGCCAAGCGAAACUGCAUUCACCAUAUCCUCAAGCAACACUUACAUGUGCAAGAGAGGGAGAUAGAGAACUACAUCCUGGCAGUGGACUGCAGUCCUCAAGAGAACCAGCCAGAUCCUCCGCUACUGGAGGACAGCACUUACAUGGACCGCAAGUCCAUCACGCCUUUCCUGGAACCGCAGAAUGGCUUUUUGCGGGGGGCACCUUCUCAUGUCCCGAUCAAACUUGAACCUGCAAGUAAUUUCCCGAUGGACUUUGAUGAGCCUUUAGACUUCUCACAAAAGAACAAAAACUUAAGCUCAGUGCAGGUGAAGCAGGAGAACCUGUUUGGCGCCUCUCCUCUGUCUCACUAUGACUGUUCCAUGGAGCCCAUAGACUUGUCGAUUCCCAAAGCCCUCAAGAAGGAGAAAGAUGAUGCCCAGAGUGAAGCCAAGAAACAAGACCAAGUUUUUGGGAACAAUGACAAGCUCUAUAACGGUCAGCAGUGCCCUCUGGCCUUCAGUGCCAAUGGCAGCAUGGAGAAGAAUGAAGCCCUCAAACAUUCCCAGCCACUGAAGGGUCCCUUGCAUUUGACCGUCCCAAUCAUUUCCCCAGCUCUUCUUGGCAACCCUGGCUUGCUGCGACCCUUGAGGCCUAAGCCGCCACCUCUUUUGCCAAAGCCUCUAGUAACUAAAGAGCUGCCACCUCUGGCUUCCAUUGCCCAGAUCAUUUCAUCUGUGUCUUCUGCUCCUGCGUUGCUGAAAACAGAGGCUGCAGACUCCAGUCCCAAGGCAGUGAGUAGCUCUGCUGGUUCUGAUAAAUCAGGGAACUCCAAACCCAAAGUGACAAUCACGAUGGCUGUCCAGAAAGAUUCCAGUCUUCCCAGUGACCUUACUCUGCAGGUGUAUAAUCCAAAUGUUCCAGAAACGUCUGCUGUGGCUGAUGCUGGAUUGGCUAAGAAAAGAGGUAGGAAGAAAGGAACGAAAAACAAGCCUAAAGCGAGCAGCGGUGUGGACCUGGAGUCAAGCGGGGAGUUUGCUAGCAUAGAGAAGAUGUUGGCUACCACAGACACUAAUAAAUUUAGUCCAUUUCUGCAGUCCACUGAUGAUUUCAAAGAGGAAGCUGAUAGGAAUGGAACAAGUGAUGAUGAGAGAGAAACUGCUGAUGAUAAGCUGCUGAGAGGAAAGAGGAAUGCUUACUCAAACUGCCUGCAAAAAAUCACCUGUCCUUAUUGUCCCCGGGUCUUUCCAUGGGCGAGUUCCCUGCAGCGCCACAUGCUCACUCACACAGGUCAGAAGCCCUUCCCCUGUCAAAAAUGUGAUGUCUUCUUUUCUACCAAAUCUAACUGUGAACGCCACCUCUUGCGCAAACAUGGAGUUGCCAACUGCUCUCUGAGAAGAAAUGGGCUUAUCCCCCAGUCUAAAGAAAGUGAUGCUGGAUCUCAUGAUAGCACAGACAGUCAGUCAGAUCUGGAGACUCUAGGUGCGGUGCUAGAUUUGACCUCUUGUGAGAGAGAGCGCCCAGAGGAAGAAACGGAGCUACCGGAAAACAACUGCAGUCCCAAAAAAGAGCAAAAGGCUGACUCACCCCAAGGAGAAGAGGCUGCACAAGAAAAAGCAGAUGAGUAUGAAGAGGGACCGGAAGAAGACUCUGUAAGUAACAAAAGCCUUGACCUCAAUUUUGCCAGCAAGCUGAUGGACUUUAAGCUGGCAGAGAGUGACCAGAGUUCAGGUAACAGCUCUCAGAUGGAAAAGAAACAUGCUUGUGAUGUUUGUGGAAAAACCUUCAAAUUUGCUGGCACUCUUGGCCGGCACAAAAAGGCCCAUGCUCGUGAGGACAGAAAGGAUGAAAAGAGCAGUGAGGAUGAAAGCAAAAGUGUUCAGUGUGGAGCUGGAGCUCCCCCAAAGCAGGACUCCUCUCUUGAUCAGGAAGAGCCCCCAAUGAACUUAAAGGUGCUAGAAUCUUCUGUGGACUGUGACACCACAGGAAAGGAGAAUGAAGAGAGUGAAAGCAUCUCUGAGGGAGAGAGCACAGAGAGAAAAUCCUUUGAGAAGAGUGAUGACGACAAAAAGCCAAAGACUAAUGGGACUAAGAGUACCGCAAAAGCAGACAAGAGGAAGAAAGUUUGUACUGUGUGCAACAAGCGGUUUUGGUCUCUACAGGACUUGACACGACACAUGAGAUCCCAUACAGGAGAAAGACCAUACAAAUGUCAGACCUGUGAACGGACCUUCACUCUGAAACACAGCCUGGUUCGUCAUCAGCGCAUACACCAGAAAGUCAAGAAUGCUAGGAACCAUGAAAAGGAGAGUGAUAAAGAGGAAACUCAGUCUAGGUGUGAAGAAGACAGUGAAAAUGAGUCGGUCCACAGUGGCACUAACCCCAUCUCGGAAAACGAGUGUGACUCAGUUGCAGGCCUUGGUAACCAUUCAUCUGUCUCUAGAAACCGAAAAGAAAGUCUGGCCAAUGUAGCAAAGGAUUCCCUUUGCAAAGAGGAGAAAACCCCUGGACAAAUAUCCAGUACUUGCCUUGCGGAGUCCAGCAAGAAUGCACAGAAACAGAUCACAAAAGAUCAGGAAUCUCGGGGUAACUGUGAUCACGAGAGUCCGUCAGGUUUCAUUCAGGACUUGCUGGAGAUGCACAACAAAAAAUCUCCCAUGAAUCACAUUCUUGCCUCUGCAGAUAAUGCACCACAGCUUUUGGGAGUUGAGUGAAUUUCUUGCUAUGAAAUUGGACCUAUCCCAGCACACAAACAAAAGCCAGCAGAGCAAGGUUUUGGAGUAUAUUUUGUAAGAGUAACCUUCAUCUGUGGGAUAGUAUGGCAGACUGGAUUCAGUGCCAUAUGCCUUUCAGUAUAAUAAUGCAAGAGACAACAGUAUAUACUGAUCUGAGUGCCUUACUACUUUAUUAGGUCUUUUGGUAUCAUAGAUUUUUUUUCCCAAAAAAUUGAUUUUUUUGUAAUAUUUUAAUGAAUUAUUUGAAGAGGACCUUUUUCAUUUAAGCAUUAAUGUUACCUUUUGUAUUGGUGUGUUUGUUUGUGUGUGUGUGUGUGUGUGUGUGUGAGUGUGUGUGAGCUUGUUCUUGUAUAUCUGUGAUAGUCGCUGUGUUUGUUCUCUGAGCUGGAAAUGGGGGCAGUGGGGUGGGGAAAGCCCUUGGAUACCACAGCCAAUAACUGGAAGAAAAUUACAUGAAUUUCAAGUGAGAUAGCCAGAGGAAAUACAGAUGAGAUGCUGAUUUUUCUCAGUAUGUGUGUUCUUGCAUUUUGCCAUAUGAUGGAGCAUUAAUCCAGUUACAGGUAUUAAUGACAUGGUCAUUGAAGGUAUUCAAAGUUGGUUAAAGCCAAAACCAGGAAAGACAAAGAGUUUUCAACCUCAUAACUUGUUUCCACUUUUCAGCAUUAGAAAUGGUGGUGUAGUUACCAUUUUAAGACAUUCUUUCUGGCCAUUGUGGACUGAGUACACAGAGAAGAGUUACAUAGCAAUUUAACCUAUGGAAAUUAUGCACCCGCUGUUAUAUAUGUUUGAUUUGCUUCAAUAUAUUAUUAUUAUUAUUUUAUUAUUAUUUUAUAAAUUCAUCAGUUUGCUAGUCUCUGCAGUCAGCAGAAACGAAUGGGCAAUAUUUGCCCUCGGAGAUCUACAGUGCAGCUUGGAUCCUCUGUUUAAGCUUUCACCAAUUCCCCUCUCAUGUUGCAGCUCUUCUACUGUACUUAAAUGGAAGCCUUCCUCUGACUGGAGAAUCAAAUGGAGGCCAGCAAGUAAUCCUCACAAAUGUACAGGGGAACAUCUCACUAGUGAUAGCGUGCCUGCAUGGCCGUGUGUGGAGAGGGUCGUGAAAGGAUCGUCCCCCCUCCUCCCUUUUCCCCAAGUGCGUGAGGAAGGCACUGCAAAUGCUAUAGUAGUUUGGUUCCGAUCACAGCAGUGAUGACAUUUGUUACUAAUGAGCAAGUUAUUCAGUCUUCCAGCUGAAAGAAAGCAAGAAAGAAAUGCGAGCCUUACCGUGAUCUUGCUACCGUUUUUUCUAAAGCAAGAAAAUACUACUGGUAAUAAAACUACAAAUAUAAAACAUGUUAUGUUAAAAUAAAUAAAAUAAAUUAAAACAAAACAACCAUUUCUUCCUGAGGUUUUGGGGUUGAUGCUUGAAGACUAGUGUGUGUUCCGAAAUUGCAUAUUGAUAGUUUAACUACUUUAAUGCUGGGAGUUGGGGUUUUUCCACAGGCCUCCUGUUGCCUACAACAGGAGAUAUUCCAACCACCCUCAUUUACUAAAUUAAGCAAAAUGUAUCCUACUGUAGCUGUGCAUUUUUAGGUAUGCUCAGCAUUCUGUUGUUGUCCUUCGGUCAUGAUCUCUCGGACAGACAGAGCCAUAGUAUUGCCGGAGUCUCACUGUGCCGUUCUGUACCACCUAGCCCCCACACCCACACCGUGAUCCUCCCUUCCCUUCCCCUGCAAAAUCACAUGUCCUCAGGGGCUGCCACAGGCUCCUGGGCAAGGUGGGGUGGGGGGGCAGCUCCAUGCCCUGGAAGGCCCUUAGUCAGAAGGGAUGGGGAUAGGACAGACAGCCCUCAGCGCUGCCUGGACUAUGGCACUGAGCCUUACCCCCAUCCUCAGGGCUGCACGGAGCUGUACUCCCACAGUGAUUUAAAGAGCCUGGGGUUCCAGCUGCUGAUGCAGUAGCAGCGGCCAGGAGCCCCAGGUCCCAGGGCAAUUGCUCCAUUUGCUCCCCCCGUCAGCGGGCCUGCAUGUCCUGCUUUCCUUAGACUUGGAAGAAGAGAGAUAUCAACACAUUUCUGGAGACUGAAAUCCAACUCCACAGAAUUCAAAGGAAGAAAAAUGUUCUCAAGUGAUAUUCUCUUAUAUUAAAAUAAGAAAAAAUGGUUGAGGUAUAUGUGAUUUUUUUUUUUAUUAGGGAUGUAUGAACCAGUUUUGAAAUAAGUUACUUCAGAUUAAUAAAUAUCAGAACCAAUGAUUCCUUUAAAACUUUACCUGGUGUUUUCUACUUAGUUUAAACAGGUUCACACAUCCUUUAAUUUUUUAUUACUAUUAUAAUAAUUAUAUUAUUUUGGGUAUUUUUGGUUUUUUUGUUUGUUGUUUAUUUUUAAUUCUUGGGAUUUUUUUUGCAGCUCUCCACACUAAACCGCGCAAUAUUGUGGGGGAGAAGCCAUUACUAAACUAUAUGCUGCAGAACAAUGUAGCAAGUAAUCAAUUCCCAGCAGUCUGCCGGGACAUCUGCUAGCAAUAAUCACUAUUGAUUUAAAGCUUUAUUUAGCCUUUAUCUAUAUCCUAGUAGAUUAUAAGGUCUUGCCACAUUUUAUUGACAUUUUCAUUAGUUGAAUUUGACUGAGAAAACUUCUGUUGUUGUUUUUUCCCCAAUAUUAAACUGUGAAGUUUAUAACAUGUUUAAACUAUGGGUGAAUCUUAGGCUUAGUUUGCAUGUUCAGCUAAUUUGUCGCGCUCUCUCUCUAUUUUUUUUUGUUUGAAUCCUUUUAUUUUUCCUUUCUCAGGGCUUUUACAAAAAAAAUGGAUCUUCUGAAAUUCUUUUGUCAGAGCUGCAAUGGACUUAGCGUUGAAAUAAUUCAAUCACUACAUUAAGCACUUGACUGUGAAAGCGCAAAAAGAGAAAACUUAUGUUUUGUGACUAUCCUCAAAUGGCUUUUUGGAGCCGUGUGACAGUCUGAUUCCAUUUUCAGAAUGAUUCAUAAUCUUCUUUCCCCUUCUGUGUGUGCGUGUGUGUCUCUCUCUCCUUUCUGUUCAAGAAGGAAAUUUAAUCUUAGUGAUUUCAGCCCAUGCAGGAAACAAUAAUAAAUGUGUAGAAUUCAUAUUUUUUUCUAAAGGGAACUUAAACUGCUGCUACGAGUUGUGUACAAGACUGGUUUAUGCCACAUGAACAGAGAAUCACACAUUUGUUUUGGUACUUUUAUUCCUCUCUUUAUUCAGUUGUACAGUACUUCCAAAUUCAAAUUGAAAGUAAAGCUGUUCUGUAUCAAACCAUCUAAGCAAUAAAAUGUUAUAUUUAAAAAUUA